UUCCAAAAGAGAAGAUCAAUUAGGGAUUCAGAUAAGCACGAAGUUAAGAACAUUAUCAAUUACUUGUUUUGAUUGUAAUAAUGGAAGAAACCCAAUUCAGAAGUAGACGCAUCAUCCAUGGCCAAUUCCAGAUCUCCUAGGUGCGCCAUUUCGCUAUCUUGCGCGGUCAGCUCUCGCUUGAAGAUUUCAACAAAAAUGCAAAACGAAUCGAGAAAUUCCUUAUCCCUCAUUCUCGAUCCAUUUUCAGAGCUUGCCGCUCUCGAAUCUCUUUUCGACUUUGAUUUGAUUUUGUGCUUCUUUAGAAGAGUUGGAUGUUUAGUUUUCUUCGAUUUGGAAGAUUUCCUUCAACUUGAAACAAGCCGAUACUGAUUUUUCGCUCUUUUGAAGAUCCAUUCGUUGUUAAAACGGGCGAAAUUGAGGAAUUAGGGCAAGUUUUAGGGCAGAGAAGUUGAUAUUUGUGGAGUGAAUCUUGGAGGAAACUGUGGGGAAGGAUGAUGAUGACAAUGGAAGGGAUGGAGAAGGGAGUUUUGGAUGAUAUAAUUAGAAGGCUGUUGGAAGGGAGAGGAGGCAAACAGGUUCAGCUUUCAGAGGCUGAAAUCCGCCAUCUGUGUGUGAACGCCAGGCAAAUUUUCCUCUCUCAACCAAAUCUUCUUCGCUUGAAAGCUCCUAUGCGCAUCUGUGGUGAUGUUCAUGGUCAAUACAAAGAUCUUCUUAGAUUAUUCGAGUAUGGUGGGUACCCUCCUUCUGCUAAUUAUCUAUUUCUUGGCGAUUAUGUCGACCGAGGGAAGCAAAGUUUGGAAACGAUAUGUUUACUUUUGGCGUACAAAAUACGACAUCCAAAUAAAGUAUUUCUCUUGAGGGGGAACCACGAAGAUGCGAAGAUCAACCGAAUCUAUGGCUUCUACGACGAAUGUAAAAGGAGGUUUAACGUUAGGCUAUGGAAAAUAUUUACUGAUUGUUUUAACUGCAUGCCUGUGGCUGGACUUAUUGAUGACAAGAUCCUUUGUAUGCAUGGAGGAAUAUCUCCAGAUUUGAAAAGUUUGGAUCAGAUUAUGCAACUUCCGAGGCCUACCGAGAUUCCCGACAACGGCCUUCUCUGUGAUCUGCUUUGGUCCGAUCCUGAUCCUAGUAUUCAGGGAUGGGCAGACAGCGAUCGGGGCAUUUCAUGUACUUUCGGAGCAGAUCGAGUGGUUGAAUUCUUAGAAAAGAAUGACCUUGAUCUCAUUUGUCGUGGUCAUCAGGUGGUGGAGGAUGGAUAUGAAUUCUUUGCCAAAAGAAGAUUGGUCACAAUAUUCUCGGCUCCAAACUACGGUGGAGAGUUCGACAAUGCAGGUGCUCUAUUGAGCGUCGAUGAAUCUCUAGUUUGUUCUUUUGAGAUAUUGAAACCCGAGCUAAACCCCUCAGGAAGUAGUUCAGGUGUAAUCCUUAAAAAGCCUCCCAAAAUUGGAAGAGCUUGAUUACACAGAGGAACUCCUUUUCGAUCCUAGGAAGACGAAGACCAAGCUCGAGUUGUUCAUAGUUUUCAAGCUUGUAAUGACCAUCAUGACGGAGUUCGGUCGAUCGAAGCUGUAAAAAUCGAGUAUGUCUAUGUCCCGGUAUUCAAACAGGUGGUAGAUUUAGAAGUUGUGUGUGUAAAGAGAGAUGUUUCUUCCAUGAUGAUUAUAAGUGAUUGAAUUUCUUUUCUUU